GUCGGAAAUCGAGGGCGGUGAAGAGCUUCCUAGAGCGCCUCUCCGUGACCUGUCCGCUCGCAACGGCGUCUACGAUCGCCAGAGUGACCUGAAUUCAUGGUCCCCAGCUUUUCCUGCUCUGCAUGUAAUGGGCUUUGAAUCCGUGGGAGUCCGUUCGUUUCCACCCCCGCCUUUAAGGCUAAUACGAUGAACCCAACAAGAAAAUUGCGUUUUCUCAUACAGAAUUCGGUAGGAGAGAAAUUCGCGAGGUUUUUGUUCAGAAACAUGGUGUGGGUUGUUGGUACUAGCUGUAACGAGUAUUUUGAAGAAUGAA